AAGAAUUUAAAAAUAAUAUUUCUUGGCUGGUUCGGUACAAAUGAAUCGUAAACAACACAAUGUCCGAAAAGCACCGACACCUUCCACUCUGGAUGGUGAAAUCUGACGUUGAAUGCAGUAAAGAUAAAGAAGUGGAAAAGAAGAAAUCACAUAAAACCUCAACAAAGAGAACGAGGAAGCGACGGAGUGUCGUCACGUACUGGAUGAACGAGAGGGAGCUCGUGGAAACAGCGCUCAGCAUUUUGAAGGAUGAUAAGUCAUCAUGUGCUAGAGAUGCAAUGCAGGCCCCGGAGGAGGUAAUGCUCAUUCCAGAGACAGAUGAAGAAACUGGUGACUCGGAUGUACAGGACAGGACACACGUUUCAAACAUUGCCGAGCAAGAGACUGUACCAUAUGGACACUGCAUGGAAGAAAGUACCAGUACAAAACCAGACUGCCAUUUAAAACCUUCUCCUGAUGCUUCAGGAACUCCAGAGAAUACUGGCGUGGAUGAUGAGGCUCUUGAGCUAGUUCGAGAGAUUUUUUUCACAUAAUUUAAGCCUAAAAAGAUAAUUUGAAGAAUAUCCCAGUUGCUCUUUUCCAUAGUUCAAGCAAUCGGGGACUUGGAGCUUUCAACUUUCAAAAAGUGACAAGUGAGUCGCCAUAACCACUUUUAUAAUCCAUUUUUAGUCUUUUUGGAGCUUGACAGCUUUCUAAUGAAUUAUGAUAAACUAACAAAGUAUUAUCGUGUAGGAAACAGUUGAACAUUCUUCAAAAGUUCUCUUUUGUGUUGCCUAGAACAAAGGAAGUCAUUAAUGGGAUGGGAAUGACAUGAAAGUGAGUACAUUACAUUUUUAUUAUUAUCUCUUUUCACACUGUUAUUGUAAUCUAGUGAUGAUUUGUAUGGUCUGUUUGUGAUGUGCUGGUAACAAGGUUGAUGUUUGAACAAAGGUCAUUUCUAAACCAAUUUUUGGUAUUUGCACACAUGCGCUUUCUUGGGUCUUUUGGGAAAGAAAGCAAAUGAGAAUGUUUAAUUACAUGCAAGAAUAAAUUGUAUAUGUAUUCGUUUGAAUUAAAACCCGAGCCGACUAACCUCAGGUUUACAUCCUUCAAGAGGAGCCUAAUGUAAGUUUACGAGGACAAACUAUAAAGUCAAGAUUUUAUUUUGCUGCUCAGGAGACAAGAACAGACAGGGUGACGCUCAAAAACAAAAUCACAGGUGUGCAGGUGCACAAGAAAGUGUUUUUAUUUGGACUCUCAGAAGACACGCUGAAUAAUAGGGAAGAAAACGUCCCAAUCCUGGGGAAUGUCAUGUUGAAAUUUAUAAACUAAGCAAAAUACACCAACAGGACUGGACGUGACUGUAAUUUAUGAUUUGCCUUUUCUGAUUUAAUUACAGCAGGGACACUAAUCAAACUAGAAAAGGCUUUAGCUCAAGAGUCUGCAUCAACAGUGUGAUCUAUAAUCAUGUAAAUAUAAUGCGGGAAAUGAUUUAGUACAUCAGAACAAAUGCUUAUGCUUUAUGCAAAACAUACUUUUAAAUGAAUUAUUUCACACAAUCGCUUAAAAUGCAUAUGAAUAGAAAAUAAUCGAUCUUUCCUGAGGUGGAGAUCUCAGCUCUGACUGGGAACAAUCAUUACAAACAUCCCAGCCAGAUGCUAAUACUGUCGUGAAUGGGUCGUGUCUGAAAUGUGCAUAUUUUAAGAUUGUAUGAAAAGCCAGUUCGCCCGAGACUAAAUUGUCAGAUAGUCAGAUCUGCACUUUUUAAAGAGAGUAUUUCAUGCAAACGAAGACGAUCAAAUUAUAAUUUAAAUGCCUGUAUUUAGAAAUAUUUUAAUAAAAAUAUAAGAUGUUUUCAUGAAUGCAGUAACAUUAACAAGCUUUUAUGCAAGAAUCUUUUUGCAAGAAAGAAAAAAAAAGCUGUCCAAUCAUUUAAAUUCAUCGAUUUUUGCACCAAUCUAAAUUUUCUGUAUAAUGUUUAUUGUGUCAGUGCAGUUGGGUCUUUACAGUAACACAUGACAGUCAACCUCAAUAUCAUGUAUUAACUGAA